UGGUGAAGGAGUCAACAUCGUCAUGAAGAUAAUAUAUUUACUUCUUCUAAUGGCACAAUUAUUGUUAGCCAGUAAAGAUUUAAAUGAAGUUCUAAGUCGCGACGACUGGAUUAGCUUGGCUAAGGAUUAUAUAAAAAAUCACAUUCCAUAUAAAGUAAAAAGCUAUUCUCCUUACAAGCCAACAGGGGUUCUAUCACUGGAAAAACCAGCCAACAUUAUUAAUUCUACAAUAAAACCAUUACCGGAGACUACAAGUACGGAAAACCCUGAAAAUACAGAAUCACAGGAAACUACUUCCAGUCUUGAAUCCACAACAACAUUUUCUCCAUGGGUUACCAGCACGGAUAGUCCUGUCACUACGGAGCCUCCAGAAUCUACUUUAUACAUGGAAUCAACCACAACACCGUUUCCGGAAUACUCGACUACAGAAAUAUACCCAACUACUGCGUCGCCGGAGACCACUACGUCCGGUAUUCAAUCCACAACCCCAUUGUUGCUGAGUGAUUCCACAACAAACAUUCCAGGAACUACGGAGGCCCCAGAAGAAACAACUUAUAUAAGCUUUGAUUCUCCCACAACAACCUUACCAGAAUAUACGGAAUCCACUACCAAUAUUUUUGAGUCCACCACAACAUCCAUACAAGAAGAUACCACUUCGAACUAUCCCGAUACUUCAGAGGCUCCAGAAACAAGCACUACGAUUUUUCAUUCUACCCAAGAAAACUUCAUGGACUAUACCAGUACAACCGAAUACACGUUCACAGAUUUGACGGAAACCACGGAACCAUCCCCGGAAACUAGCACUACGGACAAUUCAGUAAUGACAGAUAAGACUACCACUGAAUCAUGGGAAUCUACAACGCCCAGUUCUUUAAACACCACAGAAAAUCCAGAAGCCUACACAACCUUACUGGAAAUAAUUUCUACAACUCCCGGUUUCGACAGUACAAAAUAUUUAAGUACAAUGAUGGAUAAUUUUGACAAUCCGGAUAGUAAUGUUACAACAACAGAGCCAACCACGACAGCUAGAAAGGCGAAUCAUGCCGAAGAUUUCAAAAUAGAUAAACCUAAAAGAUAUAACUCAGAUACAGAACCCGAAAUUUAUUGGUACUAA